AAAGGGAAAGGCAAAGCCAAGUUGCCCAAUGCCUGCUUCGACUGGAUGUGGGGCUUUUGUGAAAAAGAGAAUUGUCCUCAUGAGCAUAAGCGUCCAUCCAAGGAGCAGUUCGAGGCGAUGCAGGCUAGCAAGAUGUCGUGGGCGGUUCAGGGCCUUGACUACGAAAGCAUCCCUGUAGAAUAAGGAGACUUGUUUUUGUUUUCGUUUUUAACGCUCCUAUUCCAGAUGUUCGAAUUCUAAGUUGAUGUAUUUCCACCGAUUUGUUCAUUUUGUUUCGAAUGCAUCACCUCAACCGCGUGCAGAAUGGUAGCUCCUUCAUAAUUGUCAUCACGUCCUUUCGACGUUUGUCUUCGUCAGUUUAAAGUCCGAGUAAUAAUAGAAUUUGAUGAUCAAAGUGUCAUGUCUCUGAUUUCUGGUCUUUUUUUGAGAAUCGUCUAUUGUGCAUGUAAUGUACGGCUUUAUCACUUGUCUUCAUACUUUUUCGGAUAAGAAUAAUGCAACUUGUGUCCUUCUCGCUGAGUGUGUAAGUUUUGGUCUAAUGUAAUUUCUCUCAGGUUGAGUUUCUUCAGUAGAGUUUCUUUUGCAGUCAAUUUUUUGUUCUCUUUCUCACGUUUUUAACACUUACACAAUGGAUUUUGCCUCAACUACACUCAUGAGUACUAUAGACCUGCCGAGCUAUUCCUUCUUGGCUGACCUUCUUUUCAAC